CAAAGGUAAUGUAUGUAUGUAUAGUACAAAAUGGCCGACGGUGGAGGACACGGAGCAGUUCCCUGGCCGAAUAAGAGGGAAGAUUAUGAAUUACUAGAAGUUAUCGGUUAUGGAGCUACUGCUGUGGUUCAGGCUGCAAUAUGUAAACCACUGAAUGAGAAAGUUGCUAUCAAGAGGAUUAAUUUGGAAAGAUGUAACACUACUAUGGAAGAACUCACAAAAGAGAUCCAAGCCAUGAGUCAAUGCAACCAUGAAAGCAUUGUUAAUUACUAUACCUCAUUUGUUGUAAAAGAAGAGUUAUGGCUUGUUAUGAAACUACUUGCUGUAGGCUCUGUGUUAGAUAUAAUAAAACACCAAAUGAAACAAGGUAAAGGCAAAGGAGGUGUACUUGAUGAAGUUACUAUUGCAUCAAUCUUGAAAGAAGUCGUUAAGGGUUUAGAGUAUCUUCAUGAAAACGGGCAGAUUCACAGACAGACAUGUGCUACCAAUGGUAAAAAAAUACAGUAUUACUCACUGGAUAUGUUUGUGAAGCGAGUACCAGGUUCUAGUGGACGACUACACAGAACAGAAGAUGGUGAGUGGGAAUGGUCUGAUGAGGAGUUAGAUGAAAAUAGUGCUGAAGGAAAAGCAGCAAGUUUAGGACGGUCUCCACGAGUCAAGGCAGAUUUUUUUGGUCCUCAGCUUGCUGUUAAAGCUGCUCGGGAUGCUACUGUAAGUACAUGUACAUGUAUAUAA